AUGAAUUGUCUAGUGAUUUCGGCGUAGCGCCAUCUAGCGCCGAUUUGGCGCAAAUCUCAAAUUAAAUCAAUACGAAACCACAAAAGUGGAAAUGUAAAGUUAAAACUACAAAAAUGAGUUCGGAAAAUAUAUUCCUCUUUGUGCCAAACAUUAUCGGUUACGGGCGGAUAAUCCUCGCGAUCAUCUCCUUUUACUUUAUGCCCACGAAUUACGUAGUGGCGACCGCUUGCUACGUCCUCUCCGCCCUUCUCGACGCCUUCGAUGGAUACGCCGCACGAUACUUCGAUCAGAGCACGAAAUUUGGCGCCAUGCUCGAUCAGCUCACCGACCGUUGCGGUACGAUGUGCCUGUGCGCCGUCCUCAUUUCGUUUUACCCGCGGUACUCGUUCUGGCUCCUUCUCUCCAUGACAAUCGACAUUGCCUGCCACUGGAUCUUCCUUCAUACCUCGCUCCUACAAGGGAAAAGUAGCCACAAAUUCGUCGACAUGUCCGAGAAUCCCAUCAUGAACCUCUACUACACCAAUCGUACCGUUCUCUUCUGGAUGUGCUUCGGUAACGAAGCAUUUUACUGUGCCCUUUACCUGUUGCACUUCACCGAGGGCCCGCUGAUCUUAGGUAUAUCUCUCUACCGCAUAGUCCUCUACCUGUCCACUCCGGUGGCGUUGAUCAAAUCCGGAAUUUCACUGCUGCACCUGUUCGUCGCCAGCAAGAAUCUCUCCAUUAUCGACGUUAAUGAACGUCGACGCGAGAAACGCGAGUAAAGGGCAUUCCAAAAAGAGUAUUGUUAAAUGUAUAGCUUUAUUGUGAAACAUUAAAAAACGUGUAACUUA